AGGACGGGUUUCUGAGCGAGGGCCAGCUACCCACCCCCUCGAGGCCCCACGUCCCCGGCAGGCCGUCGGGAAAGCCCCUCCUCCCGGGCGGAGACGCCUCCAAGAAGCCCACGCCCGCGGUCCGCCGCGGCCAGUCCCCGGAGGCGCGCCGCCUCGUCCAGUUCCUGCGGCUGCCGCGGCGCGGGGCAUGGGGUGCUGAUGGCCAUGGACGGCUACCGGGGCUUCCUGGGGCUGCUGGUGUCGGCGCUGCUGGUCGGCUUCCUGUCCGUGAUCUUCACCCUCAUCUGGGUCCUCCACUACCGGGAGGGGCUCGGCUGGGACGGGAGAGGACCCGAGUUCAACUGGCACCCGGUGCUCGUGGUCACCGGCUUCGUCUUCAUCCAGGGCAUCGCCAUCAUUGUAUACAGACUGCCAUGGACCUGGAAAUGCAGCAAGCUCCUGAUGAAAUCCAUCCACGCGGGGUUAAACUUCGUUGCAGCCAUUCUUGCCAUUAUUUCUCUGGUGGCGGUUUUUGAUUUCCACAAUACCCUGAACAUCCCCAAUAUGUACAGUCUACAUAGCUGGAUUGGACUGACAGCUGUCAUACUGUACGUGUUACAGCUUCUCCUAGGUUUUUUCAUCUUUCUGCUUCCCUGGGCUCCACUCUCUCUCCGAGCAUUUCUCAUGCCCAUACAUGUUUAUUCUGGACUUCUCAUCUUUGGAACAGUGAUUGCAACAGCCCUCAUGGGAGUGACUGAAAAACUGUUAUUUGUCCUGAAAAGUCCUGGCUAUGAUACAUUCCCACCAGAAGGAGUUUUUGCAAACACCCUGGGCCUUCUGAUUCUGGUGUUUGGGGCCCUCGUUUUUUGGAUAGUCACCAGACCACAAUGGAAACGUCCUCAAGAGCCAGCUUCUCUCCGUCUUCAGCCAAACGGAGGCACUCCAGAGGGAGUGGAAGGCUCCAUGGCAAUAAACUUUGGCAACACGGACAAAUCAGAUUCAGAGUUAAACAAUGAAGCAGCCGCCAGGAAAAGAAACGUUGCUCUUGACGACAGUGGUCAGAGGUCCACCAUGUAAGGUGUUGUAGUGGUGUAGUCAUGUAACGUCGCUUUUAAAAACUAGCUCUACAGUUUAGCGUCCCCUAUUUAGCCAUAAGAUGAUUGAGCGCCAUAGAGCUUAUAUUGUUUUAAUCAUAAAGUAGGAUUUCUUGGAAGAGUUGGUACUGAUCGAGGCCUAUGAACUUACCUGCAUUGGAGAGGAGAUGGUCAAUGUAAAUGAUAGCAGCUGUAAACUGUGGCUCUGUUGCCUCUUGUUGAGGACCAGAGCAUCCUGUGCCUUGCAGAGCACAGAUGCUCGCACUGUGUUUGUUCGUUGGAAAAUCUGAUAAAGUGGCAGCCCUGGAAGUUUUUCCAAAACUCAGCUUCGUCCCAAGGCUUCCCUGGGGUUUGGCAUAUUUUACGAUCCAGAUUCCGAACCCAAUUAAAUCAAGAAUGUGCCUGAAUUCUUAAGCAGCACAAACUGCUCUACAAACCUCAAAGAGCACUUUUUCUCAAGUUUCUGUUUUUAUUGUAUUUCUUUAAGUAGUGGCAUGGCACUUACUGUGUGCCAGACACUAUUCUAAGCACUUUAUAGAUAUUAUUAGCUCAUUCGAUCCCCAGACAAACCUUCUGAGUAGGCACUAUGAUUAUCUUCAUUUUAGAGAUGAAAGAUCUGAAGCUUGACCUGGUUAGUAACUUGCCCCAAGGUCAUAAGUGGUGGAACUGAGAUUCAAAACCUGCCAUUCUGGCUCCUCAGUCCGUGAGUCUCACCACUUCACUAUGCCGUUUUUUCUUUCUUUUUUAAAAAGAUAUAUAUUUUAUUGAUUUUUUACAGAGAGGAAGGGAGAGGGAUAGAGAGUUAGAAACAUCGAUGAGAGGAACAUUGAUCAGCUGCCUCCUGCACACUCCCUACCCGGGGAUGUGCCUGUAACCAAGGUACAUGCCCUUGACCAGAAUCGAACCUGGGACCCUUCAGUCCUCAGGCUGACGCUCUAUCCACUGAGCCAAAAUGGUUGGUGCCAUUUUUCCUUUUUCAUACUAAUCUGCAUCUACUUUGACCCUCCCCUGAAUAAAUUUCAGUUGCUGGAGUGCAGCGGCGUGGUUAAUGGUUACCUCCUGGCGCUUUUUGCCAAGAUUCCUCGGAUAACCAAGGAAAAGGGCCUGGAAAUGGGUCCUGGGUGCCCUCCCACUGGCUUACCUUGAUGCCUCUUUGUUCUUAAAACUGUGUCUUGAUGACAAAGGAAGGUUCGGGCAAGAACACCUGUAGCUUUCAAGAUAAUCAGUGGAGAUUUGUGUUCUUUACGAGCUUAGCUGCUGGACAGUUUCCAGUUUGAAGAUGGGAGAGAGAGACUUACCUCAGGGUCUGCCCUUCCUGGGGCAGCAGCUGGGCUCCCUCCAGAUUUGCGUGGAAUUUUCGGGGCUGCCUUGAGCUUGGUGUUCUCAGUCGUGAACGGCGACUCCGAGGCGACAGCUUUCGUGCACGGAGACCUCGUGGGGCUGACUUAGUUAAAACCUAGAGCAGCGUCUGUGCUGAAAUGAUGGUUUUUAUUUUGGGGUCGAUUUUCGGAUUCCCUGCAAUGUUAAACUGGAGCACUUUAAGACGGAUAAAAACAUCACAGUUUUACAGCCAAUACUGGUACACUUGACUUUUUUUAGUGCUUAGUGGAUUUCCUCUUAGGAUAACUGGUCAUGACUUCUAUAGAUUGAAUAUUGAAUACACUCCGCCACAUCCCGUAAGCUUCAUGGAUAACCAUUCAAAAUCCCCUCUCUGAAACACUGUUUUCUUAUGUAACUCUAUUUUCAAAAUUGGUAAUAGUGUCAGAAGGACUGCCAGUGCCUGGCUUGGUGCGUGGCACAUAGUAGGCACAAUUCAAUAUCCGUAGAGCGUGCUACAAUUUUGGUGCUAAGUAAGAGUAAUUCCAUUGUCACACACAGACAUUUGAUAAAUGGAUAUUUCAUUACAUGGAGGGGUACAGAAUUCCAAGAGUUUUGGAGGGGAAGGGUCAGUGAGAGCCUCAAAAAUUGAAACUGCCAUUCCAUUUUAUAUAGGCCAAGAAAGAGGUAAUUAGUGAAGUUAAUUAUGGAUUUGGUACUAGAACAUUCUGCUCCAUUGCAAACUAUUUGAGCACCCCUCCUCUCAGCCCUUUAUUUUGUCUUUCUUUCAGGCUAAUGUGAGGGUGAUCUUACAGAUAUUAUAGGAUCUUCUUUCCUUUCUUUCUCAGCCUUUAUGAAAACAAUGCAUGGCAAAAUAUACCUAGGAAAACUUUCUCUUUGAGACUUUUUUAAAAUGGGCUUCCUAUUCUACAGAUAAUUGUACCUUUAUCUUUUAAAAGCUAAUAUUUUCUACCUAAAGCAUCUCCCCUAAAAAUAUCUCAUUAAAAAGCCCACAUUAAAAAAAAAAAAAAAAGAAUAGGGGAGAAGAAAGCCUUAGGUAUCCAUUCCAAAACAGUGACUGAGAUCCCCACAAAUAAUUAUAGCUUAUGUCAUCUGCAGAGGUAAUCUGGCUUGGUUUACCCCAUCAUCUAAUUUCAGGGGGGAAAGUUUUAUUUAACACUCAUCUAAAUCAACACUAGCGCCUUUUCUCUUGCGGGGCUUAUUGAGAAGCUCAAAUGAAUAUACGUUUUGAUCGGAUGUUAUCAAGUGUGCAGCUUCCUAUGCUCCUCGUGUCAAACUGAGUCCAACCUCCAAGGGCCUUCCUUUCUUUUCCUUGGGUGGUUUCAUUUGAGCUGUGAUGGUGAGAAACCGAAUUGCAGGCCUCACAAUCAAAUGACAAAGGAGGCAAUUGCACCUUUUAAGGGAUACUGACGAGUGGUUUAUGUUUUCUAAAGGACAAAGUCAAGAGGCUAUCUUGUUUUUAAUUAGGCUGAGUUGGAAAUGACUACAGCUGCCAAAUCUAAAAGCUCAAAGAUGAAGUAGAGCUUUAUGCUAGUUUUAUUGCACCAUGGUAGAAUUUUUCUCUUGGCGUGUCGUUUUUUCAGAUUUACAACAGAAAACUGUAACAGCUAUGUCUUAGAGCUACGCAUAGGAAAGUAGAGAAGAAAGAAAACUAAUACUCUUUAUUCCUAUAAGGUACCUGGAAAAAUAUUUCUGUGUAUGAUUUUGUCUAUCUCAGCACAUGUAUGGGAAAAUAUUAAAUAGCCUGGGUAUUUUAAAAUUUUGUAGAAAAAAUAUGCAUCUAUUUUUUCUUGACUUGGUUUUAUAUAGUAAUAAAAGUUAUUUUGGAA